AUGCGCCGCCAAUCCCCUCCCUCCUGGACCUUCUGGUCCACCACGCUCCUCCUCACCAGUCUCACCACCCCAACCCCCACCACCGCCUUCCACACCAGCGACACCCACCCCCUCCUCCCGCGCCAACUCGAGCCCGACACCUUCGACUGGUCCACCAUCACGCCCACCCCCUCCCUCCAGUACCACCCCUGCUACAACAACACCUUCCGCUGCGCCCGCCUCCAAGUCCCCCUCGACUGGACCCGCCCGGAAACAGCCGCGGCCGGGCCCCACGCCGCCCUGGCCAUCAUCACGCUGCCAGCGACCGUGCCCGUGACGGACCCGGCCCUACGGCGGGCCCGUGCUGAUCAACGGCGGGGGGCCGGGCCGGCCCCAACGCCGAGUGGGCGCGCGUGUUUGGGCCGUGGCUGCAGGGGGUCAUUGAUACGCCCGGGGUGCGGCACCAUGAUUUGGUCGGCAUCGAUCCGCGCGGCGUGUGGCGGACCACGCCGGCCGCGGGGGGUGGCGGAGUUGUGUGAGACGGCGGCGGGAGGGGAGGACAGUGUGUUUAAUCAUAUGUCGACGGCGUCGGUGGCGAGGGAUAUGUUGGAGGUUGUGGAGCGGAGUCAUGAGCUGUUGGUGAGGGAGCGGAAUGGGACGGGGAAGGUUUGUGGCGGUGGGGACAAGCCGAAGUUGCAGUAUUGGGGGAUUUCGUACGGCUCGAUUCUGGGGAGUACGUUUGCGUCUAUGUUUCCGGAUCGGGUUGGGAGAAUGGUGGUGGAUGGGAUUGCUGAUGCGGAGGAUUUCAACUUGGGCCAACGGGCAAAGAACAUCAAUGACGCCGAGGAUGCCGUUGAUGCCCUCUACAGCACUUGCUUCAACGCUGGAGAGCUCUGCCCACUCUACCAAACCACUGAUACCAGCGCCGCCUCCAUCCGAGCCCGCGUCGACGCCCUUAUCCAGGAUCUCGAGGAAAACCCCGUUCCAGCCAUCCACAACGGCCGCGUCUACCUGGUCACCUCCCUCUUCGUGCGCGAAGAGAUCCGCCAGAGCCUGUACGCGCCCAUCCUCAAGUUCGAAUCGCUUUCCCGCUCCCUCGCCGGGGCCCUCGCAGGGAACUUCUCCCUCAUCCUCUCCAACCCGGCCGUCCUGGGCACCGACACGCGGCCGGGCGUGUGCACCGAACCGCCCUUUACCAGCCUCUCAACCGCCUUCACCAACCAAUUCGAAGCCAACCUCGGCAUCGCCUGCGGCGACUCCCAAGCGCUCGCCGGCGACCGCACCGACCCGGCCUGGGCCGCCGCCACCGUCGCCCGCGUCACCAACCAGGCGCCGCUGCUGAUCCUGUCCUCGCGCACCGACCACGUCACGCCGCUGGCGAACGCGUAUCACCUGUCGAGCCUGCACGGCGGGUCGGCAGUGGUGGUGCAGGAGUCGGUGGGCCAUGCCGCGCAGAUGUCGGCGGUCAGCGAGUGCACGCGGGAGUUGGUCCGGGCGUAUUUUAGGACGGGGGAGGUCCCGCGCAAUGGGACCGUGUGUGAGGCGGAUUGUAGGGCGCAGAUUCCGUUUAGGGGGUGUGAGGGGAUGCCGCCGGCGGUUUGA